GACAGUUGGGAAUAGGAAAUUAAAUCAGUUUUGCUAAAGAGUUGCACCUACUGGGACCUCUGAUAAGUUAGACAGGAAAACGAAACGGAAUAAGCAGACAGACAAAAUGGAAAGCAAAAAAGGGGUAGAAGUGGAGUUGGAGGAGAUUGCAACGAUUGAGGAGGAUAAGGAGAAAGAAAAUCAGGAGAAGGAGACAAAAGAAGAGGCUGUAGAUGAAGGGAAUUUUUACUCUACUCUCACCAGUCCGUCAGAGCAUAAAUAUGGCAUGCCCUCUUCAAUUCGCUCUUAUACAGUAAAUAAAGAUCCAUCGCUAGAUAUCCACCGGAAAAUCCGUGUUUACCGCAUCGUUUCGCUGGUUCUCUUUGUCAUCUGCGUCCUUUUGCUGAUUGUGGUCCUUCUUCUGUUUAUGAAGUUGACUGGGACGCAGCCAUGUCAGAGGGUAGAGGAGAUUGAAAGGUCUCCACCGGAACAGGAAUGUAGCUUGAAGAAAUGCCAUGAGGUUUAUCAGCUGCCUCGUGAGUUUGUGAACAACAGAGAGCGUCUGUGCAGUGAUUGUGGCAAGGGCUGGCUGAGGUUUGAGAAUACGUGUUACUUCCUGUCUCAAAACCGUUUCACCUGGCAGCAAAGCAGGAAGGAAUGCCAGAGGGUGGGAGGAGAUCUUGCUGUCAUCACUAAUGAACGUGUACAGAUGUAUCUGAGUAGGAAAGGGAGUUUGCACUACUGGAUUGGGCUGAAUCAUUUGGAGACAAAUGAAUGGACAUGGAUUAACAACACUGCAUUGACAGUGAGAUAUUGGGGAGACCAAUCCUUUCCUGGAGAGUGUGGCAUCCUGGCUGGAAAUGAACCACCUGAACGGAGCUGGCGCCCAUCUGCCUGCAGCUUAUACUUACAGUACAUCUGUCAGAAGAUGUAGAUGUCCGAACAAUAUAUAUAUAUAUAUAUAUAUAUAUAUAUAUGGAUAUAAUAACUCAACAAAUACUCAAUAUAAUCAUCUUUUCUCUAAAGAUUGUAGUCAGAAAUAGGGACCUUUGGGCGAUCAACACAGUGUAAAGCUUUUUAUUGUACAACGUGCAUUAUGCAGCAUUAUAGAAGCAGUAUAAAACACUUUUAAAAAUGGUUCCGUUAAUUUGUAUUACAAUUGCACUUAUUUUCUAACUCUACUGAUCAUUUACACAGUUUAUUUGCACUAUCUAAUGUUCACAUGAUGUACUGAACUGCACAUACUUUCUCUUUAAAAUGUCUCUUUUUGUAUUGCUUAAUUAAACAUACACUGUUGUAUUUAACAAUAUUGAUGGUGCACAGUUCAGCUUUAUACAUUUGAUCCUGGACCGCAAAACCAGUUUAAAAUUAUCGAUUUUUCUUUUAUGCCAAAAAUCAUUAGGAUAUUGAGUAAAGAUCAUGUUCCAUGAAGAUAUUUUCCUACCGUAAACACAUCAAAGCUUAAUUUUUGAUUAGUAAUACGCAUUGUAAAGAAUUUCAUUUGGACAACUUCAAAGACGAUAUUCUCAAAAUUUAGACUUUUUUUGCACCAUCAGAUUCCAGAUUUUCAAAUAGCUGUAUCUCGUCCAAAAUAUUGUCAGAUCCUAUUAAACCAUACAUUAAUAUUAAGCGUAUUUACUCAGAAAUAAGAAUCUUGAGCCAUUUUUAGACAUAACUAAUAUCUGGGCAAUCCCCAUUUUCUUCCUUUUCACAUUCUAUACUCUGCCGAAUGAGCUGCCAGCAUUUUAUUGGUCUCCUCUGGAUCUUAGGCCUGUUUUCCACAAUAAAAUUGGUCUGCUGUGGAUCGUUUCCAGGGUCACUCUUGCCUGCUUCCUCCUCCUUAUCUGGUUCUCCUUUCUUUGAGAAUGCAUCAAUGUAGCGUUUCAUCUUUUGAACCAAUGGGUCAUUGCGACCCUCCACUCUGGAAUCAUGAGAUAUUGUAAAUAAAUUAGACUAAUUAAA